GACGUAGAGGACUGUAAGACUUCAAACUAGUUCACCUGUCAGCGGGGUCUGACAUUAUAUUCCUAGUUACACUGCAACUUAAAAAAAUAAAAAUAAACCUCAUACCUUUUAUCGACUGUUGAACGCGGAAAGGCACUAUAGAAACCCACGUCGUAAACAGGAUUAUGGAACCUUUAGCGAAACGGUAUCUAUUGUCAUGGCUGUUUGUGGCUUCAAGUCUUCAGGUGACGAGUUUGCAUUUUGCGGAUGCGACUUACAUAUGUACAGCCUACCUGAAUGUGUCGUUUAUUGAUUCUGUAAACAACGAAACCGUAUGGCGACAAGAGGAAAGCGGACUAUAUGGACAACAAUCUCCUAAAGUCACAGUGAUGGGCGACGUGUAUUUACCUGAUCCGAUUUACAGUUGCGAAAGUAAUACUUUUUAUGAUGUACCCAGUGGGUCAAAGGGCUGGAUCGCCUUAAUUCAACGCGGCCAACUAUGUUCUUUUUCAGAGAAGAUCAAUGUUGCGGCCAGUAAAGGAGCUAUUGCUGCUGUAAUUUUUAAUGAUCUUGGUACAGACAAUCGAGUCAUCCAAAUGUCGCACCCAGGAACAGAAGGUAUGGUUGCUAUCAUGAUUGGUCACCGACGGGGCAUGGAGAUUGUUGAGCUAAUCAGGCAAGGGAUUCCGGUCUCGAUGACUAUUGAAGUGGGUAAGCAGCAUGGUCCCUGGAUGAGCCACUACUCGGUCUUCUUUGUCUCCAUCUCCUUCUUCGUGGUAACAGCAGCCACUGUGGGCUACUUCAUCUUCUACUCAGCUCGCCGCCUCAACAGCGUUCGUCUACAAAACCGCAAACAGAAACGUCUCAAGGCAGAUGCCAAGAAAGCCAUUGGUCAGCUGCAAGUCCGGACUGUGAAACGGGGAGAUGAGGAGACUGGGCCUGAUGCUGACACCUGUGCAGUGUGUAUUGAUGCUUACAAGUCUGGUGACGUGCUGACCAUCCUCACCUGCAAUCAUUUCUUCCACAAGACCUGCAUUGAGCCCUGGCUAUUGGAGCACAGGACAUGCCCCAUGUGUAAAUGUGACAUCCUCAAGGCCUUGGGAGUAGAGCAGCCGGAGGAGGAGCAUCCCAGUCAUCAAGUAACCAUGCCUCCAGACAUGAGGUCCUACCCUAGCAUCCCCGUCCCAGAUGACACCCGCAGUGAGACAGCCUCCUCAAGCUAUGCCUCCUCAGGCUAUGCCUCCGUACAGGGCACAGAGAAGCACAGCAGCCCAGCAGACGAGACCCACACAUUUGAGACGUUGGGGCACUAUCCUGACCCUGGGUCAGUCCAGGUGGCCAUCCAGCCCCAUUAUGACAACCUGGCCUUCGAGGGCGACUCACAAAACCAACUGGAACCCCGGACAUGAACAGCAUGCUCACUCCAAGCACUGGAGCAUGGCUAAUGGGACUUGCACCACAAUCAAUUACAUUCAAAGAUGUUUCCUGUGGUCAUGAAGCAAGUGAAACCAGGAAUGUGGGCCUGAGAUUAUUCAUAGGAAAAGAGGCCUCAACCUACCUAUGCAUAUCAGUUUAACAUUAAAUUGAUGAGGCAAUUCUUCGAUGCACUUAUCACUAAAUUAGGAAAUUGUAAUGUUCACUCUUGUUCAAGUCCAGUUUAAUUCCGAUUGAAUUUAAUUGUACGUUUUAAUGAUUUAUUUGAUUACGUUUGAGGUUUAAUUCCUUCAGUCAAUGGAUCAGUUAGUUACAUAUUUUAAAAAUAAUAAUUAUAGCUAAUUUCACACCCACAGUUUACUGGGAUUAGACUACUCUCCAUGUGUCUGUUUUUAAUUGGGUAUUAUAGGUGACAGUUCUCAUGACAAUGAAAGUUUGAGGUGAUAUGCAAAUUCAGUUUCAAAGACCCUUACAUUUAGAAACAUACAAUAAUGCAGUAGUUAGUGUAAGGCAUUUUCUGAUAAGAUUUACAGCUUUGAAAAUUACUUUGACAGCAAGCACACUGCUAUACAAAGCUCAGUUUUACCUAUUGUAUGUGUCUAAGCAUAGGAUGUUAGUGUCUCUACAUACCUUGGUUUGCCUUGUCUAGCAGAGGAGCGCAUAAGAUUAUGUGAGGAACAUUCCAGUUUCGAAAUAUAGAUUUGUCUCAUUGUUGCUAAUUGAAUGUACAUGUGAAUUUGGUUUGCCACUUGUUUGAGGUAAAUUCCAAAAUGAGGGACUGCUUCCUCCUUCUGUAUGCUUGCGACAUUACAAUUACUUAGGUGCCCUGGCACACACCCCUGCCCAGCACUUCCUGAUCUGUACCUGUAGCUACAUGUCUUUUUUUUUUUUGUCUUAUGAGUUUGAUGCAUGUUAAGAGUAGUAUUUUAACUUGGAAAUACGGAGUCUUGGUAUGGGAGUAAGAGCAUCUAUUUAAACCCCCUGGCUUCAUGCAAAUAUUUGUACAUGUUUCAGUAACUACCUGUGCUUUUUGGGUGUGUACCUUAAAAUGAUUCACCAGUGAAAUAUAUAUUCCAUGCCAUCCUACUUUAAUAGAAAAAUGCAAUGAGUUCACUGUGUAUUUUCAACUAGAUUGUGCAUACACUUCACAUUAAUUAGUUCAUUUAAUGUCAAUACAUGUCUCAGGUUUUAAACACAAAAUUGGUCUUAACCUUGUUCAGCCUUUCCAGAGUAAAUGUCUUAAGUAUUUUUGCUUAAAUAAGGGACAAAGGUUAAUUUUAUUUUACUCUUAUGUGGGAAAUGUACUAAACUGGUAUAUAUUAAUAAAAUACUUAUUGUAAAUACAUUUGUUUGAUCAAAAUAUUGCUUAGUGCUAAUUUGUUCAUUUUGUUUGUAAAGGGGAUUAAAAAUGUUCUGAUCUUCA